GCCGCGAUCCCCCCCCCUCCGUUUGCCCGGCCUCCCGCUUGCUUGCCCGGCUGCCGGCUGAGUCGGGGCGGCGGUGCGAUGGGGCGCAUCGAGUGGGCCAUGUGGGCGAACGAGCAGGCGCUGGCCGCCGGGCUGAUUUUAGUGACCGGUGGCAUCGUGGCGGUUGCAGGCCAAUUCAAAAUGUGGCCGAUUGCAGUUUAUGCAAUAGUUGCGGGCGUCUUCGUUUGCUUUCUGGAGUAUCCCCGAGGAAAAAGGAAAAAGGGAUCUACUCUGGAGAGAUGCGGCCAGAAGUAUUUCACAGCGGCUGUGAAGACUUGUGGACCCCUGACGAGGAAUUAUUAUGUCCGGGCCAUUCUCCACGCAUGUUUAGCCAUUCCUGCAGGAUAUUUGCUAGCCACCAUCCUUGGCACCGUUUGCCUGGCUAUAGCAAGUGGCAUCUACUUACUGGCUGCCGUGCGUGGCGAAGAGUGGCGGCCCAUUGAAACGAAGCCUCAAGAGCGCCCCCAAGUGGGAGGCACCAUUAAGCACCCCCCCAGCAACCCACCGCCCCGGCCCCCUGCAGAAGCCCGGAAGAAACAAACGGAGGAAGAGCCAACUGGCCAAGACAACCCUAUUGAAGUGGUUCCUUAGGAGUCUCCCCCAUCAGAUAGACUGCAGGCGGAGGAGGAGGCUCCACUUCUGCUUGACCAAGGCAUGGGAGACACACCCCGGGAUUGGAACUCGGGCCAGAUCUUUCCCAAACAGGAGGAUGUAGCUCUACCUGAACUCCUGCAAGCCCCUUGGGGGGGGGGCUUCUGUGGUCUUUCUCUUAGGCUUCCUCCCUUCGUCCCCCCCUGCUGACCCCCCCCCCCAUGAAUGUUUGAAAGAGGCAGGGCCUGCAUGCCAAUAAUUGCCAUGUCAUAAGUGAUACUGAGUUUAAGCCCGAAGGAUGAAAAAAUGGAAAUUAAUACACAAGGUUUUCUGCGGCUGGGUGUAAACUUGAAAAGAUAUAAAGAAAAGGUGUCAAAUUUGAAAUGCUAAAAUAAAAAGGGAUUGCAAAGCUUCCUGGAUCACAUCAGACUUGGCCACACCAGCAAAGUUCUUGGCUUCGUUUCUCCCCCUUAGAAGAUAUCAAAUUGCUCCUAUUUGGGGGUAAAGCACCCCCCCCUUGUGUCUCCCCCAUCCCUCUCCCCCAGGUCUUCUCUCUCUCCUCUUCCUUCCUCCCUGUCCAUCUUAUUUGGUCCCCCCAAGUUGUCCCACAAGAGUGCAGGACUUUUGCACUCCCCCCUUCUCCGGGGUCUUCCCAGCCACUCUAUGGCUUCUGCCCCCUUUCCCCAAAGUUUUUGCCCCAAACCCUUCGCUUCCCCUUGGCUUCUGCUCUUAAGUCCUUCCUGGCAUCUUUUUCUCCGUCUCGUUUCAGCGCUGAUCAAGUCUGCCUUUUCUCCUUUUCAAAGGGAAUCAGAAAGAACCUCUCUCUACAAAUCGUGUAUCGGGUUUUAGUGAAAUAUUCCCAGAGGCAUCAUUUUUAAUUGAAUGAAUUAAUCUUACCACCCCUUCCGUGUUUGCUCCUGUUUUACCUGGACGUAAAGGGCUUUAUUAAAUUCCUCAAUUUAACGUGUGAAGUCUAACUGCCCCCUUGCUUGUCUUAACCAGUUCAAUAAACCAGUUUUGAGGA